AAUAAAACUAUCAAAUUAAUUAUGUAAAGAUUUGAUAUUUUUAUUUUACAUUCCAAAACAUCAAGUUCAUUAUCGAGAGAGAAACUUUAUUCACAGCCGCUAGGGGGUUAAACUUGAAUCGAAAUUAAUUUAUGUCUGUUUUUGUUGCUGCUGUUGAGAAUGAGUUUUGAGCGUUGACCUCUCAAUAAUAGUUCUCUUUCUUUUUUUUUUAAAUUAUUGUUUGCUUGUUCCAUCUACACGAAGGAUUUUCUUUCUAUCCUGGCCACUCGCUAGAGUAUUGUGCCUGCGCAGCUGUUUUGUUUGUGCCAUCGCAGUUACCAGGACGACCCACGUUUAACCCUUAAAACGGUCUGGGAAGUGGCUGUGCCUUGUCUGCUAUGUAUAGUCCGUGCGCCAUUAGUACUAAUCUGUACUGCGGGUCGUAACCUUGCGGACACAGGAAAACUGAUUCUUCGUUAAAUAAGAAGCCACAAUACCAUUCACACACAAACACAUUAUCGAUUGAUGGUGUGACGGGGUUUAGGUGGUAAAGCUAGGUGCUAAUGCCGACAGAACAGUUAGACUGUUGUCAGGAGCCGAAACGGAACGUUGUACACGGCUCGCCAUUUCGUUAGCGCAAAGUGCAAACAUCAGUCCGCCAGCCAGCCACCCAGCCAGCCAGGAUGCCGAUAUCUGCACCCAAAAUUCCCGACGGUUUGCCGGAGUUAAUGCGAGGGCUGGCCAAGAGUGUGAUUAAGGAAAAUCCGGAAAAUCUGUACGUGCAUGCGGCAGAGUACUUUGAAAACUUGAUCCGUGAGCGCGAUGGUCAUCUCGACCAUGGCUACCCAACGUUCAAUGCGUAUCAGGUGUACGCAGACUACAAGGAAAAGACCCGCGAAAAGUUAGGCUUAACAAAGGACCCUUCGCUUAGUGACGGUAACGGUGGCGACGGUGACGAAAGUGGCAGUGGGGGAAGUGAAUCGAAAAUGCGUGGCCGUAAACGACGUCGCGCGCGUAAACCCACCACUAGGGAGCGGGACAAUCCGACCACGAUGGUCGGCAAUCCGUCGGUUAGCGAUGAGGGUGAGCCGCAAAAGUUGAAAUCCCUGUCGGAGGAGAGCGCUCCCGCACCGGUGGUGGAGCAGGAGAUUGUGAAGGUGCACUACAAUCCUCCGGAGGCGACCCCUUCCCCGGGCCGGGUAGUAAGUGCACAGUCAGUAGAGGCGGAACAUGCCGUCUCGAGCAUUCUGGACGAUGAACAGAUCCUCGAUUCGGACGGCACCACCGGUGGAAAGGAAACGGGCGAUGAGUUGGUUGAUAAUGGUGACGACAUAGGAACGGCUCCUAGUACUGCGGAAGUUGCUGAGCGACCUCGUGUGCCGACCGUUGACAACUUGGAGCCGAGUGGUGAGAUGCCCUUGCAAGAUAUGGAAACGUGCUUUGUGCAAGCGAACGUUGACGAUUUAUUGGAAAAACACUCCGAAGAUUAUAAAACCGAGCAGGGCAAUGAGUUAGGAGGUGUGCCAGAGGAAACGAAGGUUUCCAGUGUUACUACAGGAGAAGGAGAAGACAUUCCGGAGGGGCCGCAGGUUGAAGUGCAACCGAAAAGCGUUGGUGAUGAGGGAACGUCGCAGGACGCGCACGAAGUACCGAAGGAUGAUGAUGAAAAUACAGAAAUUCAGAUGGUUGGGCAGGAAGAGCAGCAAGUUGAUAGUGAAGCGAGACCUGCAGCAGUAGAAGGAGCUGAACUGGAUAGUGAAACGAAACCCAUACCAGUAGAAGGAACUGAGGUGCAAGCAGCCGCCGAUUUUGAUGGCAGUGAGGAGAACAACGACAAAGAAGAUAAGAUAGAUAAUGAGUCAGGAAAGCAAGAUGAAACACUCGUUACCAACGAGAUAAAACCUGAGGAAAACGAUGAAAUAGUAAAAGAAAGUGCGAGUUCACCUGUAGCGAUGGAUAAAGAUGAUGAUCAAACUAAAGCAAAUGAUGGAGAAGAUACUGUAGAUGUCUUGGUGGACGAAACAGCCGACAAUUUGACGAAAAAGGAUGAGCAAGCGAAAUUGUCUGAAAAUCAAACUAGUAGUGAGGCAAUUUCUACUUUACCAAAUAACGAACAGAAACCAAAUACGCCAACCACACCAGACAGCAUAGAAAAGAGCGAAGAACAUUCUUCUGCUCAGACUACAGAAGAUGGUUUAAAAAUUGCACCAAGAAUGGGUUUUGAAGACGAUGAACCUCUAGAAACGGCUGAUACGCCAUCCAAAACACUUGAUUUGGUUGGAAUUGAUGUUGAGAAUGCCAUAGAGAAUGUCGAUUCGCCUGAUAAAAUCUCAACUACGAAUACUGAAUUGAAAACGAUUGAAACAACAGCAAAUGAAGAUGUGCUAGAAGCUGAAAGUAGUAAAGAUGAUGAAGAAAUUGAAACUGCCGUUAAAGAUGCUGAGCCAGCUGAGCAGGAUCAAAGCAUCGUUAGUGAAAUACCAGUUAAAGAUGAGCAAGACACUCCAUUAAAUUUGAAUUUAUCUGAACUUACUAUGGAGAAGAACGAUCUUGAGGUGCAGCCAGAAUCGAAAACAUCGUUUGAUGAUGAUGCUAAGCAAGGAAGUGAUGAGCAACAGGAAGCAGAGGUGGAUGCUAAAGGCGAAACAGAAAAUAAGCCAGAAGAAAGUAAUGCAGCACAAUCAGUAAAUAAUGAUGCAAAUCAAGAAACGAAGCAAGAAAAUGAAACGCAUGCAGUUGAAGCGAAAGAUGAUGCUCUUUCAAAUGCAGAAAUGAUCGUUACAGACUCCAUCGAAGAGAAAGGUAACCAAUUAUCCGAUCCAGCAACUGAUCCUGUGAUCGAUCAAGAAGUAACCGACGAUCAGCAAGCUACCGAGUCAAGCAUUGACAAGUCCGAUAUUGCAAAACCCGAGAUUGAAGAGAAGAAUGAAUCAGCCAACACCCAGGAAAAUGAGCAUGAGGUAAAUAAAGAACAUAAUGUUACAGAUGCAAAUGAUUUGCUAACAAAGGAUCGCUCUCUUGAAGAUGUAGUUUGCGAUGAUGCUACAGCAAGCGGCACAGUAAUUCCAGAAGCUACCAGCAGUGAAGGGAUUGUCGAAGAUAAGGUUGCUGAACAAGCUGAACCACUUGAUGAUGGUAUGAAUAAUGCUCCCGCAAAGGUAACUGAAGGUGUGGUUUCAGAAGAACCCAAGGAUUGUCCUGUAACAGAUACGGAAGAAUGUGGAGUUAACAAAGAUGAAAAACAGGAACAAGAGUCUGAGCAAAUGAAAGUCGAUGAUGAAGACAAAAGUAAUGAAAAACCAGCUGAAGUUGAAGCACCAACCGCUGUUCCAACAAAAGACGUUACUCCCACUCUGGAAAGUGUUGUAGUAGAAGAAAUGCAGAAACUGCUGUCAAAUGAAAACGAUUUGCAACAAACUGAAAGCACAAUCGUACAAGAUAAGGUCUCAGGCAGCUCAAGUAAAGAGGUAGAAGAAAAUGUUCGUGAUGCAUCUGAAGCUGAUCUCAAUGAUGCUGUUAUAUUAGCUGCUGAUGUACCAGUGGAAACACAAUCGAGUGAUAAUGUUGGAGAAGUUGGAUCUGGAAAUGAUUCUGAUGCUGUUACCGCAAUUAAGGAAUCAUCUGGCGAUCACGAAUCGGUUGCUGAUUCAAAAAACGCACUGGACCAGACUCCACUUGCUUCACAGCAAACCAAUGAAGAAACACCUAAGCGCGAAGUGAGCCUUGAAGAAGUCGUUGAAGAACCAUGCGUUAAGCGUGAAAUAACACCCUCUAAAACAGGUCCGUUAGAAAAAGAGGAUAGUACCGAGAAACAGGUAGAAGAGCGGGAAGAAAUAAAGAAAGUUGAUCUUAGCCAACUUAGCAAAGAUUCGGCCGAGGCUCUUUUUUACAGUUUGAAAAAGAGCGAACUCGAAAAUCAGGAUCCCGCUGAUGGUGGUACGAUGGGGGACGACCAUACGACAACAGCCACCAAUGCGGAAAUUGAGCCACAAAAAACCGAAGAAGACGACGAUCAGGACGUUGUGGUAAAGGAAGAGCCUGUUGCUACUUCGAGCGAAGAUCGCACCAAGCGAACGUUUACAGAUGAUUUUUUAGAUGAAACCCCCAUCACUGAAGCUGCCACCCCCACUACGACCCUGCCAUGUGAUGGGGCAACUAAAGCGCUCGAUCCACUACCGAUGGAACAGGAGCGAACGUCACUGGAAACCGAUGAACAGAAGGAUGAAUUCAAUCCAAUGGUGAUGGUUUCGAUGCGAUCGAAACAAUUUCAGGAGCAACUGCACAGCAGAGAUGCGGGUGAGCAGCUGGGCGAAGGGCAGGCGGAUGAUGCAACCCCCAAGCGACCGAUCAUGCGACGAUGUAUGACCGAGAUGUCAGGAUUGCAGCGGUACGAUCCGGCAGUGGAUGAAGAUCCGGCCGACAGUCGACCGUCGACCGAGGAUCCGAGCUACGUCGAGGAAGAGGACCAGUUUGAUGGGUACUAUGUAGGGCAUAUAAAGAAUAAGAUUCUAGCCUCAUCCGUCUCGGUGGCCGAUUCCGACUGUCCGGAUGGAACACGCUCGUCCGUUGAAUCGGUCGACGAGAACCAGGUGCGUACGGCGCUGGAAACGAUCGCUUCUACCGAUACGGAAUCAACCAUCGCCUCGCAGGCUACGAUUCAGCAGGCGGGACGCCGUAGCUACCUCCGGAAGCACUCGCAGAACACGUCCUCCAACAUACCGUACGCGUCGUUCGGCAAUGCCGCCAUCGAUCAAUCGUUGGAUGAGUUUAUCGAGCGGGAAGAGCAACACAAGCAGGACGAAGCGAUGGCCGAGGCGGCCACCAAGAUUCAGCGCUCGUACCGUACGCACAAGAAGAAGCUACUGCGCGACUACCAUAGCACGAUGCGUACCUGCACCGAGGACCAGUCGGCAGAAAGUGGCGAAGAGUAUGCCGCCAGCGUUAUCCAGAUCAAGCUGGACCAGCGACGCCCAGACGGUCCGGACCCAGCGGAAGGGGACGCUGGAGAGGAAAGUGAUUCAGCAACGGCAAGCCAUCAACAACCGUUGGGUGCGACCGGGCGUCGGCCAAUGUACAGCUUGAACAUUGACGAGUACGACACGGUGGCACGGCGUAUGACACUAACCCGCGGUGUGGCCAUGCAGCGCAACUCAACGCCGGAAGACGACUCCGGCAAGUCGUCAAACGUGUCCACCGAUCGAAAACCAUCGCUAACCAGCAGCGUGGCCACUGCGAAGAAGGACUCGGCACCUGCUAGUGAAUCCGGUGCUAGUGAAAGUCGGAGCUCGUCAGACGAAAAGCCACCCAAAGCGGAUGCUACCCAAGGGUCGAGUGACGAGCCGGAACCGAAGGAUGGCGCACUAAACUCAUCACGAUCAAAACCGAAAAGUGGCCCCGCCGGGACUGUGACUGGACGGGAGCAGCAUCCCGUGUCCGCGCCCAGAACCGCCACCAGCCUCAGGACGUCCUUUGCACCGCUGGACGUGCAGAGUCUGUUGCUGAUUGCACGGCAGCGCACGAUGCCGGUACAGAUCGAUUCGUCCGUCAUCCGGGUACUUCCGAAGCACAUGCGCAAGCGGAUCAGCAGUGCGGGCAUGCUGGAUGGCAACGGCAAGCGGAAGUAACGGGUGCGACUCUUAGUGUCGCGCGCGCGUUUUUAGCAUGGUAGUGGACGUACAUGAAGUACCAAUUAUGAAUGCAAAAUAUAAUCAACUAAUAAUGAUCAGUUUGGCACAUUGCAAAACAGUUGUGUUUUCUUUUGUUACAAUUUUGUUUGUCAAUUUUUCCCGUAGGUUUGUUGAUUUGUUCGGUUCCGCCGCUAGCUCAUGCUUUCCCGCACACAGUGACGCAUCCCACACGCACGUAGGCAUGAUGCCAUGUUAUGGCCAUAGAAAAUGUCGCUUGUAGGCUGACCAAUAUGUCGGGCAAGCGGUGUAGCUACCAUGCGUCCAUGCUAGUUUAGCUUAUCGAUUGUACGAUCUGCUGAGUUAUUCAAACGUAAAUUGCAUGUUGCAUGCCAUACUUUUGCAGGGUUUUUGUUGGCUGUCGGUGCUGUAGUUGUAGCAAAUUUAUCGACAAAUGUAAUUACACGGUGACACAUUUUCUUUCAAAUACGGUAAAUUCUAGAUCAGAUAGAAUUGAAAAUUUUUAAGCUAAAAAUCACUUUAAAAAAGGCUUUUUUAUGCAAUUUAGAUCUAAAAACAAUUAUUUUAGCUUAAAUUUGUCUUAAAUCUGUAAAAUUUUAAGAACUACAUUUGAGUAAAUAGAGCACUGUUGGCGUGCAAAAUAUUAAAUUCAGAGAAACGCGUCAAAACGAGUACCCUUUCUUAUGCCUUUUUCGCGUAACGAACAAAUCUAAAUUCUCAAUAAAUACCUCUAAUAACGAGAAAAAUAUCGUAUAACAAGCAAAUUCAUGUGUGUUUCUCAUACAUUUUUUGCUGCUGAUGUGUGACCAUGUUCCAUGCAGUCGAAUUUUUUUAUCCAGUUCAUGCUACGCGAGGAUGAUCUAUUCUAGGCUUGAAUCCGCGAUGGGCAUGUUGUUAAGUCGUGCAAGUUUACGACUGUACCGCCGAAACGCCCCUUAAUAGUUUCGGGAGUUUCGAAACUAAGAAUCGUUGAAUAAGAAACUAUUGCCGUAUAUGUAAUUGUGCAUAAGUAUAUGGUAUAUUGACAAGUGUUUCUUGCAUUUCUAUACUAAGAUUUGAUCAUCAUAUGAUCUAUCAGUUUAUGUCCCUUGGGGGAGUUUUGGACGGCUACAAGCGUGUUGUAGAUUCUUCUAUUUGGCGUAAACGUCCUACACGGACAAGCCGACCUAUACAUACAGCUUUCAAGGCUUUAUUUAAUACCACGUAUCCGGAUAGUCAAUCCUUACUACGGGGGGAUGGUCCAUUCCGGGCUUGAACCCAUUACGUGCUUGUUAUUGAGUCGUUCGAGUUGACGACUAUACCACGCGAUCGCCCAAUCGUGUUGUAGAUAUGAUGCCGAUUGAUUUAUUGAAAUCUUAAUUCGUGCUCAAGAAUAUUGACCAUCGGUUGGCGGCCUGAGCGACCGCUAGGGGCCCCUUCGAUUCUACCCUAAAUCCGGCAUUGUUUACUCCAAACUAAUGUUCAAUUCUUCUAAUGAAACUGGCUUAUUAUGUGUACAAAAUAGUGGAGUUUGUAAAUUUCGAAAAAUAUUACAGAAAAUAAAUAAUCAACCUCAAUAAUCUGAGAAAAUCAUCGUCGAUCAAUAAUCUUGACCAAGAAAUAGUAAAACUAUACACAAAUAUCUUCCCAAAUAUUAGUAUUAUGAGGACAUUUUUCAGUUUUUCAGCUACGCAUUAGCAUUUAUAUCAGCACAUGUCCUGAUCCUGGAACAAAUUAUUUAACUUUUCAUACAAAUUAUAUAGGAAAGGGUUUCCCAAAUAAUGAAUGAGUCUCUACAUUUUUCGAAAAUUGCUAACUUUUCAAUUUUUUUUCUGUAACCAAAACAGACGGUCAUAGCGAAACGCUUAAAAUUGUGUAUGCGCCUGGUCCUGGUGUCUAAUAAUCCUGGUGUUUAAUAUAAGCAAUCGGAAUCUCGUUCCCACUCUACCUCUAAACUCAAUAAUUGUAUCCCUUGUAGCGUUAGGUUCUCUUAUCCAGAUUUCAUUGUAAAUAAAUGUCAACUGGUAGCCAAUGAUGUCGUGUUUAAGCAAUGUUUAUAGUGUUACUAGAAUAUAUUCCAUAACAGCGAUAUUCAUGAAGAUGUGUGGUCAAAAGAUUUUUUUUAUAUUCUUCAAAUCUCUUCACAAAUAGGAUUAAGCAAAAAAGAGUUACUGUUGAUUGAUCGAUCGUUAAUGGGCGGAUUCUUAUACGCGCUUCAGACCUAUGAUAAACCCUAAGCCUAACCGAUAAUAAACUCCAGACUCUAUCAUUACAUAUUAAACUGACCUCUAUUUGGCCGAUGUCUACGAACAGAAUGAAACGCACCACCACGAAGGCCAAUGACACCCUUUAGGGAAGGUGAAUCUUUUAUUUGACAUGCCGUUCGGUAGAUUGCACGUAUUUAAGGGAGCUUUUUUAUCUCCAUCUACGUCCGUUGUUAGGUGGCCGUCCUUCUUCGUCAGCCAAAAAAUAAAAAUAGUCAAUGUUUGCACAGUUCAACACAAAUUACCCAUCGCACAAAGGCUGAUAAGAUGCUAAGGGGACAACGAAAACGCACCUGAUGCUUUUUAGAGCCGUUAGACCAUACGCAAGCAUGGGUUGGUCGGUUGUUUGAAAUCGCUACAUUACAUAAGUGUUUGUAUGUUCCAGUAAAGAAGUUAUGGCUCUAUAUAACAUGAUAGAAGGUUAGCACAUUCCAUGUUUGCAAAGUUGUCGAAUAAAGUUUACAAGCUGUUUUGCAACUAAAGCAGUUCCCUGUUUUGAGAGAUGAAUUCGUUUCACUUUACAUGCUACGUUAUCUGAAUAAUUUAUGAUAGCUUUGUUGCAUUGUCGCGCAAUACACACCAUUUACCUUCACACCGCCUCACGGCUGAACAGGAGAUUGGGGUAAGUGAGAGUCUUUGUUGUAACGAAAUCUUGUGUAAAAAGGGUUGAUCCAUUUCAUCCUUAUUCAUAAGGUGCGAGAAAUGGGUCAGUUAGCAGCGAACAAAGCGUAAAUGACGACCAGCGACCCUGAGCUUAGCUCGCGGCGGAAAAAGGGCAUUUUUGUGUUGCUGUUAGUGUCGCUUGAAUUUCAUACGGGCGUUUUGGACCCUUUUUCCCUGGGUAAAAUCUACACACCUGGCUGUCAAAUCCCGCGAAUGUGUUUUAUCGCAUUCGAUUUCUCAGCCCUAACACGGAACAAAGCACCACGAACGUCAGGGGGAUGAUGCGUCAUAACCCCCCAAACAGACAUUAUUCAAUCGAUCAUCACUGCUGUGCCGAGACGAUGCGCAGUUGUGGCGUGUGGAUGGACAGCGGUGAAGCACCGGGGGGAAAAAAGGUUAAUUGGAGACAAGUGACACGAGACCGGGGUUACGGUAACGGCCAUACUACACGAACAACAAACCUUCCGCUCAGCCGCUGUGGGAUGAUUGCGAAUACAAAGUACGCACGCGAGGUUCUAGCGCGGGAAAAAGAAAGCAAAAACAAAAGACCGCGGGCUGAAAUUCCUCAUUUAACAACCGACGCAGCAGCAUUCGGCCGGGACCGGACGUCGCACAUACGGGAACGCACACAAAAACAUUACACGCUGUCGUCGUCGUCGACCGGCAACUGACGUCAACCCUCAAUUGGACCGACAGGCUGCGUCGGUUGUGAGCUGCUGGUCCAUUUUUGAGUACCACCAAACCGUUGACCCACCCAUGGGGAGGAGGAGGGAGUAAUCGACUUACCCGCGCACAAGCCGAGUGGACACUUCCACACCAGACCGUGUGCCGUUACGCGAGGUGACGAUGAUGCAGCGAAAGGUGCAAAUGAAAUGCAUAUUUCCAUCCUGCCAUCCUGUUUGGCAACCUCCAGGCGCGCGCGAAGCGGAAGAUUAGCCUGCCAUCGCCAUCUCGAGACGGGAUCGACCUUGGCCACCUACGGAAAAUGUCACGACAGUUUGUAUUUUCAUGUGCACGGACCCGGUGUGACCCGAUAGGCGGUUGCGAUGGUGGUUAAUGGCGCAGCUGCAAGCAGCAACCGUGCAGUGUCGAUCUGCCCCCAAAAACAUCUUCAUAUCCUGCCCACCUCGCCCUCCCCAUGAGUGGCCGCGGCCGGCCGACGAGUAUGAUCGAUAUGAGUGUCUGCGUAACAUGGCGUAACAGCUACCUCUUCGGGGGACAUGCUGGCAGCUCCGGUCAAGAGCGAGGUGCGUUCUGAUCCACUAGCUGCCUGUCGGGCGGUCCGAAUCGAACGUUGACUAUUAAUAGUUACAAUACGCGGCAGUAUCUAGCGUUGGAGAUCGCCGCUAACGGCCUCGGCGUUGUCGUCUUGUCGUCGACGUUUUCUUCUGCCCUUGCCCUUACGAUGAUGGCCAAAUGGCGGGAAGUAGUUGCGUUUGGUAGAGUAGUGUUCCUUAUUCAACGGAUAUGAUGUAUUUGUAACAUUCCUUUCUGAGUAGGAAACCAUACUCGAUCGUACGAUCGUAUUGAGUUAAAAUUGGUCGAAUAAAGACAUCCUCAGCUUGUAAACAUCGAAAA